CUGGCAGCAGCAACCUUCCUCGAACCUCCUCCUCUCCCCUCCCCCAGUCCUCAGCGGCCUCCAGCAGAGGGCUAGCUGCAUCUUUGGGGACAGCAAGACAGCUGGGAAGCAGCGAACAACGCGCAAGAGAGCGGCCAACAGUGGGGAUGCGAGCACUAGGCAGGCUCCAGACACCUAAAUCGGGGGCGGAGGUAGUUUUCAAGACAUGGCCGAGAUUUGGCGCUGAGCUGUGUCAUCGCGAGGUUUGGUAGCAAGCUCCGCAGUGGGUCGGAAACCUCGUGGAGCGUGCACCUGGUCUCGCGAGAUCUCAUGUUUCCUAAAGGCGAGGCGCGGGCGGUAUCCUGCAGUGAAUUACGAAGGUCUCGCCGAGGUUGAACGUAAUAUCGCGAUAGUUCCAACAGCGCAUGCGGGAGCCGGCGGCGGCAUACUGGCUCCGCCCCGUAGUGCUCCGUGAGGUUGUGCGUCAUUUGCUUUUCGCUUCGCGUGGGGUGAGAGCUGAGCUGUAGCGAUUUCGGCUUUGGUGGAAGGAGAGGUCUGGGACGGGCUGGGCUCAAUUUUUCCUGGUCUGGUGGAGGUUCUCCUGGGAUCACGCGAAGGCGGCAGAGGUUGGCUACUGAGUGCAGGAGCUGCGGAGGCGCGAGCAGCGUUUUCUGGUGCUGCCGUUCUUAGCCGGUCCUCCAGUAGCCUGACCUGAGUGUCUUUAUUAGUGCUUCAGAGGAACAAAAACAGGAGACCAGAAUUUGGUCAGGAAGUUUCAGGAAGCUGUUGGAGCAGUGUUGGGAUUUCCCACCAGGAUGACUAUGAUUGGCUGUGAUUUUAGAUCUUAAAGCUGAAAACUGAAAACAUGAAAGUAGACAGGACUAAACUCAAAAAGACACCUACUGAGGCUCCUGCAGACUGCAGAGCCUUAAUAGACAAACUCAAAGUUUGUAACGAUGAGCAACUCCUCUUGGAACUGCAGCAAAUCAAAACAUGGAACAUUGGCAAGUGUGAGUUAUAUCACUGGGUGGAUCUGUUGGACCGCUUUGAUGGAAUUCUGGCAGAUGCUGGACAAACAGUGGAGAAUAUGUCAUGGAUGCUUGUAUGUGAUAGGCCAGAAAAAGAACAGCUGAAAAUGCUUCUGUUGGCUGUAUUGAAUUUCACAGCCUUGCUCAUUGAGUAAAGAUUUUCUAGGCAUCUGUAAAGUUACAUAGAGCAUUUGACAACAUUAUUGGCUUCCUCUGAUAUGCAAGUGGUGCUGGCUGUCCUUAACCUUCUAUAUGUAUUUAGCAAAAGAUCAAACUAUAUCACACGUCUUGGAUCUGACAAGAGGACUCCACUACUGACAAGGCUGCAACAUUUGGCAGAGAGCUGGGGUGGAAAGGAGAAUGGCUUUGGAUUGGCAGAAUGUUGCAGAGAUUUGCAAAUGUUGAAAUAUCCACCCAGUGCAACCACACUACACUUUGAAUUUUAUGCAGAUCCUGGAGCUGAGGUCAAAAUUGAGAAGAGGACAACUAGUAAUACACUACAUUAUAUUCACAUAGAACAACUUGACAAGAUUUCAGAAAGUCCUUCUGAAAUAAUGGAAUCUCUUACCAAAAUGUACAGCAUUCCUAAGGAUAAACAGAUGCUGUUAUUUACUCAUAUACGACUGGCCCAUGGCUUUUCUAAUCACAGGAAGCGAUUACAAGCUGUUCAGGCCAGACUGCAUGCGAUAUCUAUAUUAGUCUAUUCUAAUGCCUUGCAAGAGUCAGCAAACAGUAUCUUGUAUAAUGGGUUGAUAGAGGAGUUGGUAGAUGUCCUUCAAAUAACAGAUAAGCAGCUUAUGGAAAUUAAAGCUGCUUCUUUACGAACAUUAACAUCAAUUGUUCAUUUGGAGAGAACUCCCAAGCUCAGCAGUAUUAUUGACUGUACUGGAACUGCCUCCUACCAUGGUUUUUUGCCUGUACUUGUGCGGAACUGCAUUCAGGCCAUGAUUGAUCCUUCCAUGGACCCAUACCCCCACCAGUUUGCCACAGCUCUUUUCUCCUUUUUGUACCAUCUGGCCAGCUAUGAUGCUGGUGGCGAAGCCUUGGUCUCUUGUGGAAUGAUGGAAGCCUUACUAAAGGUCAUAAAAUUUCUUGGUGAUGAGCAGGACCAGAUAACAUUUGUAACCAGAGCUGUCAGAGUGGUUGACCUCAUCACCAACCUGGACAUGGCAGCUUUUCAGUCUCAUAGUGGUCUUUCUAUCUUCAUCUAUAGACUUGAGCACGAAGUAGAUUUGUGUCGUAAAGAAUGCCCUUUUGUGAUCAAGCCAAAGAUCCAGAGACCUAGUACCACUCAAGAAGGAGAAGAAAUGGAAACUGAUAUGGAUGGAGUUCAGUGUAUUCCACAACGAGCAGCACUUCUCAAGUCCAUGUUGAAUUUCCUCAAGAAGGCCAUUCAAGACCCUGCUUUUUCAGAUGGCAUUCGACAUGUGAUGGAUGGUUCUUUACCUACCUCUCUGAAACACAUCAUCAGCAAUGCAGAAUACUAUGGCCCAUCACUCUUCCUCCUAGCUACUGAAGUGGUGACUGUGUUUGUAUUUCAAGAGCCGUCACUGCUGUCCUCACUCCAGGACAAUGGACUGACAGAUGUCAUGCUUCAUGCACUGCUUAUCAAAGAUGUUCCUGCUGGGAAGUCCUGGUUCCUCCCAAAUGUAUUCAGUGCUUGCUUGAAUGCCCGAGGUCUUCAGUCUUUUGUACAAUGUCAACCAUUUGAACGUCUCUUCAAAGUUCUUCUGUCUCCCUGAUUACCUCCCAGCCAUGGAGGGAGGAGAAGUUCUGAUCCCCUGGUGAGGGAUACUGCAUUCAACCUGGGGAGUGCUGUUGACGAGCUCAUGAGACAUCAGCCCACCCUCAAAACAGAUGCAACAACUGCCAUCAUCAAGUUACUUGAAGAAAUCUGUAAUCUUGGAAGAGAUCCAAAAUACAUUUGUCAGAAGCCAUCUAUUCAGAAAGCAGAUGGUACUACUAGUGCUCCUCCAGUCUAAUCAUGCUGGGUAGAAGAGGCUUCUUCUAGUGAAGAUGAGUAUAAAGAAGUACAGGCUAUGUAGAGUUUUAAUUCUGCCCAGCAGAAUGAAACCGAGCUCAAUCAGCAGGUUGUUGGUACAGAGGAACGUAUACCUAUCCCCCUCAUGGAUUACAUCCUUAAUGUGAUGAAAUUUGUGGAAUCUAUUCUGAGCAACAAUACAACAGAUGACCACUGCCAAGAAUUUGUAAAUCAGAAAGGACUCUUACCUUUGGUUACCAUUUUGGGUCUUCCCAAUCUGCCCAUUGACUUUCCCACAUCUGCUGCCUGUCAGGCUGUUGCAGGUGUCUGCAAAUCCAUAUUGACCCUGUCACAUGAACCCAAAGUUCUUCAAGAAGGUCUCCUUCAGUUAGACUUGAUCCUUUCCUCCUUGGAGCCUUUACAUCGGCCCAUUGAAUCCCCUGGGGGCUCGGUGUUACUGAGAGAAUUGGCAUGUGCAGGCAAUGUUGCUGAUGCUACCCUCUCAGCUCAGGCCACGCCUCUGUUGCAUGCUCUCACUGCUGCCCAUGCCUACAUCAUGAUGUUUGUUCACACUUGCAGAGUUGGACAGGUAAGAAUAAUCUUGGUGCUAUGGUUUCAGGGCCUAGUUGGGUUUGAGGUUCUGAGCAAGCUAAGCCAGGUUGAACUGUUCUCUGUGUGGGAAAGCACCCUCUCUUUUAUAAAUAUUUUCCCUUGUCGUAGCUUACCAUCUGGAUGUGAAUUUGGCCAAGCGGACAUGCAGAAACUUGUUCCAAAGGAUGAGAAGGUAGAUGGAGAACAGGAUGGGACUGCUGGAAGUAUGGAUGCUUCUGCCCAGGGGUUAUUGGAAGGAAUUGAGCUAGAUGGUGACACAUUGGCACCCAUGGAGACAGAUGAACCUUCUUCUUCAGAUUCUAAGGGCAAAUCUAAAAUCACACCUGCCAUGGCUGCAAGAAUUAAACAAAUCAAGCCAUUGCUGUCAGCUUCUUCCAGAUUAGGCCGAGCGCUUGCUGAACUCUUUGGACUCCUUGUUAAACUGUGUGUGGGUUCUCCUGUCCGCCAAAGAAGGAGCCAUCAUGCUGCCAGUACCACCACUGCACCAACACCUGCUGCUAGAUCAACAGCUUCAGCCCUCACUAAGCUACUCACAAAAGGCUUAUCAUGGCAGCCCCCACCAUAUACACCUACUCCCCGCUUCAGACUGACAUUCUUCAUCUGUUCAGUUGGAUUCACCUCUCCAAUGCUCUUUGAUGAGAGAAAGUAUCCUUACCAUCUUAUGCUGCAGAAAUUUCUCUGCUCUGGUGGUCACAAUGCUCUUUUUGAAACGCUCAACUGGGCUCUAUCCAUGGGAGGGAAAAGUUCCGCUUGAGGGGAUUGGAACAUUCAGACUUCACCUGAUGGCACAGGAGAAUUCCUAGAUGCCUGGCUUAUGCUUGUAGAAAAGAUGGUAAAUCCCACUACGGUGCUUGAAUCUCCACAUUCGUUGCCUGCCAAAUUGCCUGGAGGGGUCCAGAGCUUUCCACAAUUUAGUGCCCUUCGCUUCCUUGUAGUAACCCAAAAAGCAGCCUUUACUUGUAUCAAGAACCUGUGGAACCGGAAACCCCUUAAAGUAUAUGGGGGACGAAUGGCUGAGUCUAUGCUGGCCAUUCUGUGCCACAUUCUCCGAGGGGAACCUGUGAUUCGAGAAAGACUGAGCAAAGAGAAGGAAGGAUCUCGAGGGGAAGAAGAAGCAGGCCAGGAAGAAGGUGGCUCGCGCAGAGAACCUCAAGUCAACCAGCAACAGCUACAACAGCUCAUGGACAUGGGUUUCACAAGAGAACAUGCCAUGGAGGCACUGUUGAAUACCAGUACAAUGGAACAAGCAACAGAGUAUCUUUUAACCCACCCUCCUCCGAUCAUAGGAGGAGUUGUUCGGGAUCUUAGCAUGUCAGAAGAGGACCAGAUGAUGAGAGCAAUUGCUAUGUCUCUGGGACAAGAUAUUCCAAUGGAUCAAAGGGCAGAGUCACCAGAGGAAGUUGCUUGCCGGAAGGAGGAAGAAGAACGUAAAGCUCGAGAAAAACAAGAAGAGGAAGAAGCUAAAUGUCUAGAGAAGUUUCAAGAUGCUGAUCCAUUGGAACAAGAUGAGCUCCACACUUUCACAGAUACAAUGUUACCAGGCUGCUUCCAUCUUCUUGAUGAGUUGCCUGAUACAGUGUACCGCGUUUGUGAUCUGAUCAUGACAGCCAUCAAACGCAAUGGAGCUGACUAUCGUGAUAUGAUUCUGAAGCAGGUUGUCAACCAGGUUUGGGAAGCUGCUGAUGUAUUGAUCAAAGCCGCCCUUCCUCUAACAACAAGUGACACAAAAACAGUUUCAGAAUGGAUCAGUCAGAUGGCUACCCUGCCACAGGCCUCCAAUUUGGCUACUAGAAUCUUGCUUUUAACACUACUUUUUGAGGAGUUGAAGCUACCUUGUGCCUGGGUGGUUGAAUCAAGUGGCAUUCUUAAUGUCCUAAUCAAGCUCUUAGAAGUGGUUCAGCCCUGCCUACAGGCUGCCAAAGAGCAAAAGGAAGUCCAGACCCCAAAGUGGAUCACCCCAGUGUUGCUUCUUAUUGAUUUUUAUGAAAAGACUGCCAUCUCAUCAAAGAGAAGGGCUCAAAUGACUAAGGUAUGUGAAUCCAACAGCAACAACUGGCGCUGGUUUGAUGACCGCUCUGGGCGUUGGUGUAGUUACAGUGCUAGCAACAACAGCACCAUUGAUUCUGCCUGGAAAUCUGGAGAAACAAGUGUAAGAUUCACUGCAGGCCGACGAAGAUACACUGUUCAGUUCACUACAAUGGUGCAGGUUAAUGAAGAAACAGGAAACCGACGUCCUGUGAUGCUAACUCUCCUCAGGGUGCCAAGACUGAGUAAGAACUCAAAAAGCAGCAAUGGACAGGAACUAGAGAAGACACUGGAAGAAAGCAAGGAGACCGAUAUCAAACGUAAAGAAAAUAAAGGCAAUGAUAUCCCCUUAGCUCUAGAGAGUACGAACACUGAAAAAGAGGCAAGCCUAGAAGAAACAAAAAUUGGGGAGAUCCUAAUCCAGGGCCUGACAGAAGAUAUGGUGACCAUUCUAAUCCGAGCCUGUGUGAGCAUGCUGGGAGUCCCUGUGGACCCAGACACUUUGCACGCCACCCUUCGCCUCUGUUUGAGGCUCACUCGAGACCACAAAUAUGCCAUGAUGUUUGCAGAGCUGAAGAGUACCCGAAUGAUCUUGAAUUUGACCCAGAGCUCAGGUUUCAAUGGGUUUACCCCCUUAGUUACCCUUCUCUUAAGACACAUCAUUGAGGAUCCUUGCACUCUUCGUCAUACAAUGGAAAAGGUUGUUCGCUCAGCAGCUACAAGUGGAGCUGGAAGUACUACAUCUGGUGUUGUAUCUGGCAGCCUCGGCUCUCGGGAGAUCAACUACAUCCUUCGAGUCCUUGGACCAGCAGCCUGCCGCAAUCCAGACAUAUUCACAGAAGUAGCCAAUUGCUGCAUCCGCAUUGCCCUUCCAGCCCCUCGAGGCUCAGGAACUGCUUCAGAUGAUGAAUUUGAGAAUCUUAGAAUUAAAGGUCCUAAUGCUGUGCAGCUGGUAAAGACAACACCUUUGAAGCCUUCAUCUCUGCCUGUCAUUCCUGAUACUAUUAAGGAAGUUAUCUAUGAUAUGCUGAAUGCUUUGGCUGCGUACCAUGCUCCAGAGGAAGCAGACAAAUCUGAUCCUAAACCUGGGGGAAUGACCCAAGAGGUUGGCCAGCUCCUACAAGACAUGGGUGACGAUGUAUACCAGCAGUACCGGUCACUUACUCGUCAGGGCAGUGACUUUGAUACACAGUCAGGUUUUUCCUUAAAUAGUCAGGUCUUUGCUGCAGAUGGUGCCCCUGCUGAAACUUCCACAACUGGAACCUCCCAAGGAGAGGGAGCUUCAACUCCAGAGGAGACUCGAGAAGGAAAGAAGGAUAAAGAAGGGGACCGGACUUCUGAGGAAGGCAAGCAGAAAGGCAAGGGCAGCAAACCUUUAAUGCCUACCUCUACUAUCCUUCGUCUUCUGGCAGAGUUGGUGAGGUCCUAUGUUGGUAUUGCUACCCUGAUUGCAAACUACAGCUAUACCGUGGGCCAGUCUGAGCUGAUCAAAGAGGACUGCAGUGUGCUAGCUUUUGUCCUGGACCACCUCCUCCCACACACCCAGAAUGCAGAAGACAAGGACACACCUGCCCUGGCCCGACUGUUCCUUGCAAGUCUGGCUGCUGCUGGGAGCGGCACAGAUGCCCAGGUGGCCCUAGUGAAUGAAGUAAAAAGCAGCCCUGGGGCGGGCGCUAUGGCUGAGAGUACAGAGAAACAUGCCAGACUUCAGGCAGUGAUGUGUAUCAUCAGUACUAUCAUGGAAUCCUGCCCUUCCACCUCCAGCUUCUACAGUAGUGCCACCGCCAAAACUCAGCAUAAUGGCAUGAACAACAUCAUUCGACUGUUCCUGAAAAAGGGACUAGUCAAUGACCUGGCCAGAGUUCCUCACAGCCUAGACUUGUCCAGUCCCAAUAUGGCCAACACAGUCAAUGCUGCCCUAAAACCCUUGGAAACACUUUCCCGGAUUGUAAACCAACCCAGUAGCCUUUUUGGCAGCAAGAGUGCUUCUAGCAAGAGCAAGUCUGAGCAGGAUGCCCAAGGAGCUUCUCAGGACUCAAGUAGCCAUCAGCAAGAUCCAGGCGAGCCUGGGGAGGCAGAAGUACAGGAGGAGGAUCAUGAUGUCACUCAGACAGAGGUGGCAGAUGGGGAUAUCAUGGAUGGGGAGGCUGAAACCGACUCAGUGGUGAUUGCUGGGCAGCCUGAGGUGCUCAGUUCACAAGAGAUGCAGGUUGAGAAUGAACUGGAGGACCUGAUAGAUGAGUUGCUUGAGAGGGAUGGCGGAUCUGGGAACAGUACAAUUAUAGUGAGCAGAAGUGGAGAGGAUGAAUCACAAGAGGACGUGCUGAUGGAUGAAGCUCCUUCCAACCUCAGCCAAGCUUCCACCUUGCAGGCCAACCGAGAAGAUUCCAUGAAUAUCCUGGACCCUGAGGAUGAGGAGGAGCACACUCAGGAAGAGGACAGCAGUGGCAGUAACGAGGAUGAGGAUGAUAGUCAGGAUGAAGAGGAGGAGGAGGAGGAAGAUGAGGAAGAUGAUCAGGAGGAUGAUGAAGGUGAAGAAGGAGAUGAAGAUGAUGACGAUGAUGGUUCUGAGAUGGUUGAUGAGGAUUACCCUGAUAUGAACUUUUCUCCUCUUGGUCCGAUGGCUUUUGACCGGGAGGAUGAUCUCAUCAUUGAGUUUGACAACAUGUUCUCCAGUGCUACAGACAUUCCCCCAUCCCCAGGAAAUAUCCCUACUACCCACCCAUUGAUGGUACGCCAUGCAGAUCACAGUUCUCUGACACUGGGCAGUGGCUCUUCUACAACUCGUCUUACCCAGGGCAUCGGUCGCAGUCAAAGGACCCUAAGACAGCUCACAGCCAAUACAGGACAUACCAUUCAUGUUCACUACCCUGGGAAUCGCCAGCCUAACCCUCCUCUUAUACUCCAGAGGUUGCUUGGUCCCUCUGCUGCUGCUGACAUUCUUCAGCUAAGCAGCAGCCUUCCCUUACAAAGCCGAGGCCGGGCCCGCCUCCUAGUGGGCAAUGAUGACGUCCAUAUCAUCGCCAGGUCUGAUGACGAGCUGCUGGAUGACUUUUUUCAUGACCAGAGUACAGCCACUAGCCAAGCAGGAACCCUGUCUAGCAUCCCAACAGCUCUGACACGAUGGACAGAGGAAUGCAAAGUUCUUGAUGCCGAGAGUAUGCAUGACUGUGUUUCAGUGGUUAAAGUGCCCAUUGUCAAUCACCUGGAAUUCUUGAGAGAUGAGGAGCUAGAAGAGAGAAGGGAGAAACGCAGGAAACAACUGGCUGAGGAAGAAACAAAAAUAAUAGACAAAUGCAAAGAAGACAAGGAAAACAGAGAUCAGAGCGCACAGUGUACUGUAUCUAAGACAAAUGACUCCACUGAACAGAAUGUCUCAGAUGGGACUCCUAUGCCUGACAGCUAUCCAACAACCCCCUCUUCAACGGAUGCACCUACAUCUGAGUCCAAGGAGACACUUGGUACCCUACAACCCUCCCAGCAGCAGCCAACACUUCCACCCCCACCAUCCUUAGGAGAGAUUUCUCAGGAACUGCAGUCGCCUGCUGAAGAAGUGGGAAACUCUACACAGCUAUUGAUGCCUAUAGAGUUGGAGGAGUUGGGUCCCUCAAGACCAAGUGGAGAAGCAGAAACAACUCAAAUGGAAUUGUCUCCAGCUCCCACCAUAACCUCUCUUUCCCCAGAGAGAGCUGAAGAUUCAGAUGCAUUAACAGCUGUCAGCAGUCAACUGGAAGGUUCUCCCAUGGACACUAGCAGCCUGGCUUCCUGUACAUUAGAAGAGGCUGUGGGCGAUACUCCAGCAGCUGGCAGUUCUGAGCAGCCCACAGCAGGUAGCUCCACUCCUGGAGAUGCCCCAUCAGUUGGGGCAGAUGUGCAAGGCAGACCUGAUGUGUCAAGAGAAUCCACCCAGCCACCUGAGGACAGCUCCCCACCUGCAUCCUCUGAGAGUUCUUCCACCAGAGAUUCUGCCGUGGCCAUCUCUGGGGCAGAUUCUCGUGGAAUUUUAGAAGAGCCACUACCUUCAACAAGCAGUGAAGAAGAAGAUCCCCUGGCUGGUAUCAGUCUUCCUGAAGGUGUGGAUCCCUCCUUUCUGGCUGCUCUCCCUGAUGAUAUCCGUCGGGAAGUCCUUCAGAAUCAGCUGGGCAUACGUCCACCAACGCGAACUGCUCCCUCCACAAAUAGCUCAACUCCUGCAGUAGUGGGGAACCCUGGUGUGACUGAAGUGAGCCCUGAGUUCCUGGCUGCUCUACCUCCAGCAAUUCAAGAGGAAGUGCUGGCACAGCAGAGAGCUGAACAGCAGCGACGGGAACUGGCUCAGAAUGCCAGCUCAGACACCCCCAUGGACCCUGUGACCUUCAUUCAGACUCUACCCUCAGAUCUGCGCCGGAGUGUCCUAGAGGACAUGGAAGACAGUGUGUUAGCUGUGAUGCCACCUGACAUUGCAGCUGAGGCUCAAGCUCUAAGGCGAGAACAAGAAGCCCGGCAGCGACAGCUCAUGCAUGAGCGUCUAUUUGGACACAGCAGUACUUCUGCACUCUCUGCCAUUCUCCGAAGCCCAGCUUUUACCAGUCGCCUGAGUGGCAACCGUGGGGUCCAGUAUACUCGCCUUGCUGUACAGAGGGGUGGAACCUUCCAGAUGGGGGGUAGCAGCAGCCAUAAUAGGCCUUCUGGCAGUAAUGUGGACACACUCCUCCGCCUCCGAGGACGACUCCUUCUAGACCAUGAAGCCCUAUCUUGCCUUUUGGUCCUACUUUUUGUGGAUGAGCCAAAGCUCAAUACUAGCCGUCUACACCGAGUACUGAGAAAUCUCUGCUAUCAUGCCCAGACCCGCCACUGGGUCAUCCGCAGCCUCCUGUCCAUUUUGCAGCGCAGCAGUGAGAGUGAGUUGUGCAUUGAGACACCCAAGCUUUCCACGAGCGAAGAAAGGGGCAAGAAGUCAAGCAAGAGCUGUGCAUCAAGCAGCCAUGAAAACCGUCCCCUGGAUCUGCUCCACAAGAUGGAGUCCAAAAGUUCCAAUCAGCUCUCCUGGCUCUCAGUAUCAAUGGAUGCUGCUUUAGGCUGUAGGACUAACAUAUUCCAGAUUCAGCGUUCUGGAGGGCGUAAACAUACAGAGAAGCAUGCAAGCAGUGGUUCCACUGUCCACAUCCACCCCCAGGCUGCUCCUGUUGUCUGCAGACAUGUUUUGGAUACACUCAUUCAGUUGGCCAAGGUAUUUCCCAGCCACUUUACACAGCAGCGGACCAAAGAAACAAACUGUGAGAGUGAUCGGGAACGGGGCAGUAAGCAGGCCUGCAGCCCUUGCUCCUCACAGUCCUCCAGCAGUGGCAUCUGUACAGACUUCUGGGACUUAUUGGUAAAACUGGAUAACAUGAAUGUUAGCCGAAAAGGCAAGAACUCCGUGAAGUCAGUACCAGUGAGCGCUGGUGGUGAAGGGGAAACAUCCCUACACAGCCUUGAAGCCUCUCCACUGGGACAGCUCAUGAACAUGUUGUCACAUCCAGUCAUCCGCCGGAGUUCUCUCUUAACUGAGAAACUCCUAAGACUCCUCUCUCUCAUCUCAAUUGCUCUCCCAGAAAACAAAGUAUCAGAAGUGCAAACUAACUCCAGCAACAGUGGUUCCUCCACUGCUGCCACCUCAAAUACAUCUACUACCACCACCACCACUACUGCCACUGCCCCCACGCCGACACCUCCUGCUGCAACUACCCCUGUCACUUCUGCUCCCGCUCUGGUUGUUGCUACAGCUAUUUCCACCAUUACUGUAGCUGCUUCUACCACAGUGACUACCCCCACAACUGCUACCACUACUGUUUCAACUUCCACUACUAAAGGCAACAAAUCUCCAGCAAAGGUUGGUGAAGGAGGCAGCAGUAGUGUAGACUUCAAAAUGGUAUCCUCUGGCCUCACUGAAAACCAGCUACAGCUCUCUGUGGAGGUGUUGACAUCCCACUCUUGUUCUGAAGAAGGGUUGGAAGAUGCAGCCAAUGUGUUACUGCAGCUCUCUCGAGGGGACUCUGGGACGCGAGACACUGUUCUUAAGCUGCUACUGAAUGGAGCCCGUCAUUUGGGUUAUACCCUUUGUAAACAGAUAGGUACCCUACUCGCUGAACUACGGGAAUACAAUCUGGAACAGCAGCGGCGAGCCCAAUGUGAGACCCUCUCGCCUGAUGGCCUACCUGAGGAGCAGCCACAGACCACCAAACUGAAAGGCAAAAUGCAGAGCAGGUUUGACAUGGCUGAGAAUGUGGUAAUUGUGGCAUCUCAGAAGCGACCCUUGGGUGGCCGGGAGCUCCAACUGCCUUCUAUGUCCAUGUUGACAUCCAAGACAUCCACCCAGAAGUUCUUCUUGAGGGUACUACAGGUCAUCAUCCAGCUGCGGGAUGACACACGACGAGCUAACAAAAAAGCCAAGCAGACAGGCAGGCUAGGUUCCUCCGGUUUAGGCUCAGCUAGCAGCAUCCAGGCAGCUGUUCGGCAGCUGGAGGCUGAGGCUGAUGCCAUUAUACAAAUGGUACGUGAGGGUCAAAGGGCGCGGAGACAGCAACAAGCAGCAACGUCGGAGUCUUCUAACCAGUCAGAGACAUCUGUCCGGAGAGAGGAAUCACCCAUGGAUGUGGACCAGCCAUCUCCCAGUGCUCAAGAUACUCAGUCCAUUGUCUCAGAUGGAACACCACAGGGAGAGAAGGAGAAAGAGGAGAGACCACCUGAGUUACCCCUGCUCAGUGAGCAACUGAGCCUAGAUGAGCUAUGGGACAUGCUAGGGGAAUGUUUAAAGGAACUGGAAGAAUCUCAUGAUCAGCAUGCAGUAUUAGUGCUACAGCCUGCUGUCGAGGCCUUCUUUUUGGUCCAUGCCACAGAGCGGGAGAGCAAGCCUCCUGUUCGAGAUACCCGUGAGAGCCAGCUGGCACACAUCAAGGAUGAGCCUCCUCCACUUUCCCCUGCCCCCUUAACCCCAGCCACUCCAUCCUCCCUUGACCCAUUCUUCUAGGAGCCUCAUUAUGCACACAUCUCCUCAAGCCUGCCCCUGACACACAAGAAGUUCCUUCGCUUUGCAGAGACUCACCGCACUGUGUUAAACCAGAUACUUCGGCAGUCCACCACCCAUCUCGCUGAUGGACCUUUUGCUGUCUUAGUAGAUUACAUUCGUGUCCUCGACUUUGAUGUCAAGCGCAAAUAUUUCCGCCAAGAGCUGGAACGUUUGGGACUAAGGGGGUCUGAAAGAAGACAUGGCCGGCAUGUCCGGCCAGACCAUGUAUUUGAAGACUCCUCAUCGCGAGCUGCAUCAAAAUCUCCUGAAGAAAUGAAGAAUGAUUGUUAUAUAGUGUUUGAAGGAGAAGAAGGGCAGGAUGCUGGGGGUCUACUGCGAGAGUGGUACAUGAUCAUCUCUCGAGAGAUGUUCAACCCUAUGUAUGCCUUGUUCCGUACCUCACCUGGUGACCGGGUCACCUACACGAUCAAUCCAUCUUCCCACUGUAACCCCAACCACCUCAGCUACUUCAAGUUUGUUGGACGAAUUGUAGCCAAAGCUGUAUAUGACAACCGCCUCCUGGAGUGCUACUUUACUAGGUCUUUCUACAAACACAUCUUGGGCAAAUCUGUCAGGUAUACAGAUAUGGAGAGUGAGGAUUACCACUUCUACCAGGGUCUAGUUUAUCUGCUUGAAAAUGAUGUCUCUACAUUAGGUUAUGACCUCACCUUCAGCACUGAGGUUCAAGAAUUUGGAGUAUGUGAGGUUCGUGACCUCAAACCCAAUGGAGCCAACAUCUUAGUAACAGAGGAGAACAAGAAGGAAUAUGUACACCUGGUUUGCCAGAUGAGAAUGACAGGAGCCAUCCGCAAACAGCUGGCAGCCUUCUUAGAAGGCUUCUAUGAAAUCAUUCCAAAGCGCCUCAUAUCCAUCUUUACUGAGCAGGAGUUAGAGCUGCUCAUAUCAGGGCUGCCUACCAUCGACAUAGAUGACCUAAAAUCUAACACUGAGUACCACAAGUACCAGUCCAACUCCAUUCAGAUCCAAUGGUUCUGGAGAGCAUUGCGUUCCUUUGACCAAGCAGACCGUGCCAAGUUCCUCCAGUUUGUCACAGGUACUUCCAAGGUGCCCCUGCAAGGAUUUGCUGCCCUUGAAGGCAUGAAUGGCAUUCAGAAGUUUCAGAUUCAUCGAGACGACAGAUCCACAGAUCGCCUGCCUUCAGCUCACACAUGUUUUAAUCAACUGGACCUGCCUGCCUAUGAGAGCUUUGAGAAGCUCCGCCACAUGCUACUAUUGGCCAUCCAGGAGUGCUCUGAAGGCUUUGGGCUGGCCUAAUAAAUAAGGCCCUGCCUACUUCUGUGGGGUUUUUCUACCAUUUUUGGACCUGGGGAGGGGGGGGGGUUUAAAAGAUCCAGAAAGAAAAUGUCAAAAUCCAAUAAAUGAAAUUCACCAACUCACCAUGUGUGUGUCCCAGCUGCCCAUCUUCCCUAGUGCAUACCUGUUCGCUUCUCAUUCUCUUGCCUCUACCCUUUCCUUGCCUUUCCCUUUUCCAUGCCGUCCAUGAUCCCCACCCCAUGUGUUAAGAAGGCAGUUGCCUUUGCAGGGACCUGUUUGUCCCAACUGAACAGUGUGCUCCUCAGAUUCUGUGUUCAGAAGGAUUUGCUGCAUUGAGACUUGAAACCUUUGGAUAGGGGAAAAAUUAUAUAUAUAUAUAUUUUUUUGUUCUGUUUGCAUUUCUUAAUUUGUGCUUGGAAUGUGUUGAUGUGCACAGCUAAUGAUUCAAUGCGAGACAAGAUUGGCAUCUGUGUUGUGGAGGUUUCAAAUAAAGAGCACUCUUCAUAACUCA